AUGAUAAAGGAACGAGACAUUAAAAAAAAAGAAAAUAAAAUCCCAUUCUUUACAAUAGGCACCGUCACUAGCACUGACACCAGCACUGGUGCCCAGCAUGGUGCCAACAGAGUUGUGAAUAUGAUUGCUGAUGAAGAUUUUUGGCAUUAUGUAAUUGCACAGAUACAACAUCGAUGGAAUCGAAUGUAUAGUUUACUUUUUGUUAUUUGUUGGUCUCUUCACCCAAAAUAUUUUCAUAUAAGAGCUAUUAGACCUGAACUUACAAUGAUUGUAAAGAAAGAAGCUAGUCAUUUAUUUGAACGUUUAUUUCCUGAUAAGGAUAUAAAAAAAUUUCGAAUGCAGUUGAUCGAUUGGAAUAAUAAAGCAUAUCCAUUUGACUUUAAUGGAAAUUGGGAUGACUAUCUAAAUAAUCUUCAAAAUGAAGUACCAGAAUUGGCUACUUUUGCUGCUCAAAUUAUGUCUAUACCACCUACAUCAGCUAAAAGUGAAAGAUUCUGGUCAUUCAUAGCGAAUAUUCAUUCACCAAAAUGUCACCAACUGACAAAUAAACAUGCAAUAAAAAUGACAUGUAUUUGGUGGCAUAUAGCCCAAGAAAAAAAUCGUUCAAAUCAUAUUCAAAAUAAAAACAUAAAUAAUUUCGAACAAAUUGUUCAAAUUAAUGCACCUAAUUCUAAUGAAAGAUGUCAUGACAAAAUUAUAUCUAAUAUCGAAUUUAAUGAUAUGGACAAUAGUAAUAAUAAUUUAGAACAAUUUGAGAAGGAAGAU